AGCGGGCAGGGGCGGGCAGGAGAGGGCAGGGAUCGGCAGGAGCGGGCAGGGACGGGCAGACCUGCGGGCAGGGAUCGGCAGGAGCGGGCAGGGCUGCGGACCUGCGGGCAGGGCUGCAGGGCAGGGCAGGGGUGCAGGCAGGGGGUGCAGGCAGGGCCGGGGGUGCAGGGGGCGCAGGCAGCCGGAGGAGAUGCAGCGGGAGCCGGGCCCCGAGUGAGCGGAGCCGGGCGGCGGAGGGCAGCGGCGCCAUGUCCCUCGGCACGCCUGGCAGCAGCGACGCCGGCCCGAGCAUUGUGCGCAGCCUGCUGUGCCACCGGCAGCGCGGGGACAGCGAGGCCUUCGCCCGCCGGGCCAUCGAGAGCCUGCUCAGGAAGCUGAAGGAGAAGAAGGACGAGCUCGACGCGCUCGUCGCCGCCGUCACCACCAACGGUGCCCACCCCAGCAAGUGCGUCACCAUCCCGCGCACCUUAGACGGGCGCCUCCAGGUGGCCGGCAGGAAGGGGUUCCCCCACGUCCUCUACGCCCGGCUGUGGCGCUGGCCCGACCUGCACAAGGCCGAGCUGAGGCCCCUGCGCUUCUGCCGCUUCGCCUUCGGCCUCAAGCGCGACAGCGUCUGUGUCAACCCCUACCACUACGAGCGCCUGCCGGCCCCCCCCGUCGGUCUCAGCAUCCACAGCCCAGUGCCCCCCCCGCGCCUGCUGAAGGAGGAGGUCGUCCAUGACUGUGCGCAGAUGGAGGUGCCACCACCCAGCCGGCAGCAGGGGGACGAGGUGGUGUCACCUCCACCCCCCCCCACGCCCUACCGCCAGCCACUGCCCCCCCCGCAGCUCCCCGCGUCCCCCCACCUCCGCCCCACGCUGCCCAUGUCACCCCCAGCAGCCCCUGGCAGCUCCCUACUCUCGCUGCCCCAUGGCGAGGGGCUGCUGCGUGUCGCCUGCCCAACGCCCCCCCCGGCGCAGCCCCCCCCGCAGAAGGGGUACCCCGAGCCGCCCUGCCACGCGUCGCCGGACAGCUGGACCAGUACGGCCAUCUACGCACCCAGCCUGGGGGGGCCGCAGCCCCCGCUCCACCCCCUCAACCGCUACUGGCCCCCCCACCAUAACUCCGGGCCCUACCAGCAACCGGUGUCCACCCACCCCGGGCCAGAGUUUUGGUGCUCCAUCGCCUAUUUCGAGAUGGACGUGCAGGUGGGGGAGACGUUCAAGGUGGCGUCCGGCUGCCCCCUGGUCGUCGUGGACGGUUACGUGGACCCCUCGGGGGGGGCCCGCUUCUGCUUGGGGCAGCUCUCCAACCUGCACCGCACCCACGCCAGCGAGCGGGCCCGGCUGCACAUCGGGAAGGGCGUGCAGCUGGAGUGCCGCGGCGAGGGCGACGUCUGGCUGCGGUGCCGGAGCCACCACGCCGUCUUCCUGCAGAGCUACUACCUGGACCGGGAGGCGGGCAGGGCCCCCGGCGACGCCGUCCACAAGAUCUACCCCGGCGCGUACAUCAAGGUAUUUGACUUGCGCCAGUGCCACCGCCAGAUGCAGCAGCAAGCGGCCACGGCUCAGGCUGCCGCUGCCGCUCAGGCGGCCGCCGUGGCUGGCACCAUCCCUGGCCCCGGCUCGGUGGGAGGCAUCGCGCCAGCCGUGGGGCUGUCGGCGGCAGCGGGGAUCGGGGUGGACGACCUGCGGCGGUUGUGCAUCCUGCGGCUGAGCUUCGUCAAGGGCUGGGGGCCCGACUACCCCCGGCAGAGCAUCACGCACACACCAUGCUGGAUCGAGGUGCACCUCCAUCGCGCCCUGCAGCUGCUGGACGAGGUCCUGCAUGCCAUGCCAGCCGCCGAGCCCAGCCCCCUGCCCUGACCCUUCACAAUAGUUUAAUUUUUGUAAGAAAAGGAAAAAAAAAAAAAAAACCAACUGCCAAACGCAGCCUGGGCUGCAUCCCCAGCAGGGCAAGGGGGGGAUUCUGCCCCUCUGCUCCGCUCUGUGAGACCCCCCCUGCAGUGCUGCCGUCAGCUCCGGGGCCUCGGCACAGGAGAGACACGGAGCUGUUGGAGCGGGGCCGGAAGAGGCCCCGGAGCUGCUGGGAGGGCUGGAGCCCCUCUGCUGUGGGGACAGGCUGAGAGAGCUGGGGGGGCUCAGCCUGGAGAAGAGGAG